ACAUUUAGCAUCUUUUCUUUGCAAAAUGGGACGUCUAAGGUCAAUUUUGAUCUUGUCUCUUGCGUUUUUUGCUGUUUUUGAGACUUCACAUGCCAAAAAACAUUACAAAGUUGCGUCUCAUUUGAUAAGUGCCUUUCUAGAAGAAGAUACCGAUCAUCCUUCAGGCUACAAAGGCUUCGUAGUCGAUUUCCUCGAUGAACUCGUGAAACAUCUUCAUUUCACGUACGAAUUUGUCUUCGCCGACGACAAUCUUUACGGCAGUUUGAACCCAAAAACGCACAAAUGGACCGGAAUGAUGGGCGUUCUCACAAGCGGCAAUGCUGACAUGAUUGUUGCUGAUUUAACGGAAACCGUGAAACGUCGUCAAGCCACUGACUUUACCUCACCUUUUCUCGUAACCGGCAUCGGUAUCCUUUAUCAUCAAGUAACUCGUCAAGCAUUGCCUUUCAACAAUUUGGACGAACUCGUGAAUCAAUCGGAAGUCAAAUAUGGCGUCGUUAACCACGGUUCGACCUACGAAUUCAUCAAAAAGAGUCGAAAUGAGACUUUUGAACGAAUGGCGGCUUAUUUCGCUGCAAAUCCCGACGUUUUGGUGCCCACAGUGAUGGCAGGCGUCGAUCGCGUCAUGGAAAGUGAGGGCAAAUACGCGUUCAUUGGCGAAGCAGUUGCUUACCACGUCCUGAAAAAACACAAAUAUCCGGAAUUGCUUCUUGUCGGCGACACUUUUUGGCCUCGUCAAUUUGGAGUUGUCUUUCCGAAAGGCUCGCGGGAUCGGGAUACUUUUGAUUCUGUCAUCUUUGAACUGCGCGAGAACGGCGUGCUCGAUUCGUUGGCUAAAAAAUGGAAUUUGAGUUGAAAUUUUUUUUAUUUUUUUCACGUUCGAGAUAAUGACAAAAAAAAUAAUUUGAACUUUUAA